AUGUCAUUCAUAAAGGAUCCAUUGGUUCUGUCCCCUGGUCCACGCAAUAACAAAUACGUUGACUCGCACACUAUUGACUUGUAUAAUGCUGUGUCUGAUAAGGAAGAUAGUGGUACCGUCAGUUUGUACCAACGAAUCAGCAACAAGAUACAAUUCUUAUUUAAGCAGCGGUUCAUGAGAAAUGAAGCAGAAGAAAAGGACAAAGUCAACGAACAAGUCAUCGAACAGGGAGGAAAGGAAAAGGAAGACAGAGAUGAUGAAAUAGUGGGAGAAGAAGCUGAUGCCAAUUUCCACCCAAAAGGUCAAUCCACGUUUACAGAAGAGAUGGAUGCUGAUGCCAGCUUAAUGAUCUUAGAUGUGAUAGAAACCAAUUUCAACCACCAGAACCAAACAUUAAACAAAUAUAUUGAUCAAAUCCAUAAAGCAAAUCAACAAGACAACACCCGAACACCAGACAGUAAGCACAAAGACCACAACGAUAACACCGAACAAUAUGGUCUUAGUUUAUUACCUUCACAAUUCCUUAAAGAUUUGACCUCAGAAUCGACAACGUAUUCCUUUGGUCAAUUGAAUCUUGACAAUGAUCAUAGGCCCAACCUUUUCGACAUUGAUGUCCAUAACCUAACAACCGCUAAAAGUAGUGAUAAUGAAGAUACUUACAAGCAAAUUGUAUUGCAACAUUAUAUCCCUAGUGUUCCUCCUCCAGACAGAUACUCCUUUGUUGAUGAACUCUUUAAGUCGUAUAAUCAGGAUGACAUCACUGCUGAAUAUCGGAGACAGAAACAAGAUCGUCAACAUAAAAUAACCCAAGAAAGAAUCUCCAAAGUGUCUCAGAUUCAAGACCUAUCUUCCCAAGCACUAUCCAUUGUGAACAAACAUUGGAGUUCCAAUUCUUCCUCUGUGGUGGUAUCAAAUUAUCUGAUUGAUAUUUCCGCUCGAGAUCUUCAAACCUUGAACUAUGGACGAUGGCUCAAUGAUAAUAUCAUUGAUUACUAUUUCAACAUGAUCACCAAAGACUUACCCUCGGUAUACGGUUGGACAACUCAUUUCUUCACCACAUUACAAGACAAGGGAUAUCAGGGAGUUGCCAGAUGGGCCAAAAGAAGAAGAAUCGAUGUGACACUGAAGGAUUUGAUCUUGAUACCAAUAAACAUCAUGCUGACUCAUUGGGCCCUUGCAACUGUCAAUAAUAAGUUGAAGAAGUUCCAAUAUUACGAUUCCUUAACUUCAAGGGGGAAUAUACCAGCAUUGAAAUUAAUUCGAGAAUAUAUGAUUCAAGAAGGUCAAAGAUUGGCAUCCAACAUUGACUUUAUGUCUUAUGAAAUGAAUCCUAAUCUUGAAACUCCUCAACAACGUAAUGGGUUUGAUUGUGGAGUCUUUACUUGCACUUGUGCCAAAUUUGUUGCAUUCAAUAAACCAUUAACUUACGGUCAAAAGGAUAUGAAGACUCUUCGGCGAAGAAUGGCAUUUGAAAUCAUUGAAAACAAGCUCCUAGAUAAGUAA